AUGUCUAGAGUGGAUGGAGAAGGAAACGAUGAUAUUGGUGCAUUUACUAUUAAUGGUAUAUUUUGUCGGCAAACUCAAAAGUUAACUCUAACAAAGAUAUAUAGACAAGGUACGGGUAAAUGGUUUAUUCAUACGAAAAAAUAUCGUGGAGAAGACAAAUUUGAACUUAAAUAUCGUCAAACUACAGAAUCAUCCUGUGAAAUGACAAAAUAUUGA